UCAAGGAGGCAGUGGGUAGUGCUGAGAGGCCCUUAUUUUUCCAAUCCUCCUGGGGCUGAUAAGUCGUCUCUAGAGCACAGACAGCCACCCAGGGACUACUUCAGGACUGACUGUACCGCUGACGAGCACAGAGGAUGCACUGUGCCCACCGUCUGCUCCUCCUUCUGGCUGCACUGCUGGCCCUUUCUCAUGGUCAGCCACACCCUCAGCAUGAUAGUGAGGGUCACACCAACAGCUCCCAUCAGCAGGUUCCAGGGACGGGUGAGAGCUUCCCCAGCCUCAAGAUUGCCCCUGCCAAUACUGAGUUUGCCUUCCACUUCUACCACCUGAUCGCUUCCGAAAACCCUGGGAAGAACAUCUUCUUCUCUCCACUGAGCAUCUCUGCUGCCUUCGCCAUGCUCUCACUGGGGGCCCGAUCGCACAGCCAGACCCAGAUCUUCGAGGGCCUGGGCUUCAACCUCACAGAGAUGUCCGAGUCUGACAUCCACGGGGGCUUCCAGCACCUCCUGCAUACACUCAACCUCCCCAGCCACAAGAUGGAAAUGCGUGUGGGCAGUGCCCUGUUCCUGAGCCACAAUCUGCCAUUCCUUCCAAAAUUCCUUAAUGAUAUCAAGACCUUCUAUGAGUCCAUACUCUUCCACACUGACUUUCGUGACACCGCGGGGGCAACCCAGCUUAUCAACAACUAUGUCAAGAAGGAAACUCAAGGAAAGAUUGUGGAUUUGGUCAGUGGGCUCCACAAGAAUGUCUUGAUGGUGCUGGUGAAUUACAUUUACUUCAAAGCUCUGUGGGAGAAACCAUUCAUUCCCUUGAUGACCACCCCCAGCAACUUUUAUGUGGACGAAAACACCACAGUCCAGGUGCCCAUGAUGCUGCAGACUGAUCAGAACCACUGGUAUCUGCAUGACAGGUACCUGCCCUGCUCGGUGCUGCGGAUGGAUUACAAAGGAGAUGCAAUGGCGCUUUUCAUUCUUCCUCACCAAGGCAAAAUGAAGCAGUUGGAAGAGAUGUUAUCUCCAGAGAUAUUAAGGAGAUGGAACAACUUGCUCCAGAAGAGGACUUUUUACAGGAAACUCGAACUGCAUUUCCCCAAGUUCUCCAUUUCUGGCUCCCUCACAUUACAUCAGAUUUUGCCCAAGCUCGGCUUCAUUGAUCUAUUCUCCCCAUGGGCUAACUUCUCUGGCAUCACUGACCGGGCGAACCUGCAGGCACCCCAAAGUUUCCACAAGGCCACCCUGGAUGUGAAUGAGGUCGGCACCACAGCUACAGCGGCCAGCAGCUUUUCGCUCAGUUUCUUAUCAGCCCAGAAGAAUCACCGAGUCCUAUGGUUCAACCGGCCUUUCCUUCUGGCAAUCAUUUCCUCCAGCACCCAGAGUGUCCUCUUUCUGGGCAGGGUUGUUGACCCCACAAAGUCAUAGGCCCCUGCCCCAGGGCUGGCUCAUCUCUCACCAGCAGGAGAAAGAGCAGCUUCAUGUUCAAAGUGGAGGCCAAGAAGAUGCCGAGAUACAGGAAAGAAGGUGCUGGCCAGGGGGCAGGGUAUGGGUAGCACCAAGGUGGGCAUGGACUAGACACCCAGCUCCUGGAGCCGUGCAACCUCAGGCAGACAUCCAACCUCUUAGACAAAGUUUCCCCCACUGCCCGAAAUCCUCCACGGGGAGUUGUAUGAAUUAAACAAAAUGAUGACUA